CGCUGCGUAAUGGGCUACGUGAUUACGUCACGCAGUAGGUUAGCUAUGAUGGCAACGGCAGGUUGCCAUCAAUUCAAUGCAGAAUUAUAGACUAUUAAAAAAGUUAGAGAGAUAACCGCGGCAUAAUAACAAAGGUGAAUUUAAAAGUUUGAGAUAGUACACGCUUGAAACACACACAAGCGCGCAGUUUGGGAAGGUGGCACUAUGCCCGCAGCUACUGUGGAUCACAGCCAAAGAAUAUGUGAGGUUUGGGCCAACAAUCUGGAGGAGGAGCUGAAGAGAAUUAGACAUGUCAUACGAAAAUUCAACUAUAUCGCCAUGGACACAGAGUUUCCAGGUGUAGUAGCAAGACCUAUCGGAGAAUUCCGAAGCAAUGCUGAUUAUCAGUACCAGUUAAUGCGCUGCAAUGUGGAUUUGCUGAAGAUAAUCCAGCUGGGUCUCACCUUUAUGAAUGAGCAAGGGGAAUAUCCUCCUGGAACAUCAACAUGGCAGUUUAAUUUUAAGUUUAACCUAACAGAGGAUAUGUAUGCACAGGACUCGAUUGAGCUCCUGACAACUGCAGGGAUUCAAUUCAAGAAGCUUGAGGAUGAAGGCAUCGAGGCAUUGUACUUUGCAGAGCUGUUGAUGACAUCAGGAGUGGUACUGUGUGAUGGGAUCAAGUGGCUGUCAUUUCACAGUGGAUAUGACUUUGGAUACCUCAUCAAGGUUCUCUCCAAUGCCAAGCUGCCUGAGGAAGAGAUCGAUUUCUUUGAGCUUGUCCGCUUGUACUUCCCAGUCAUUUACGAUGUCAAGUAUCUCAUGAAGAGCUGCAAAAUCCUCAAGGGUGGACUACAGGAAGUAGCUGAGCAACUGGAGCUCGAGAGGAUCGGACCACAGCAUCAAGCGGGCUCUGACUCUUUGCUCACAGGCAUGGCUUUCUUCAAGAUGAGGGAGAUGUUCUUUGAGGAUCAUAUUGAUGAUGCAAAGUACUGUGGCCAUCUGUACGGGCUUGGUUCCGGAUCCGCCUACGCCCAGAACGGAACGGGGAACGCUUAUGAAGAAGAAGCUAACAAGCAGCAGUCUUGACAUGACACUUGUACCACUCUGCGAUGGCCAGUGCGGCCCAGAGGUUGAGCUCGGACAACCAGAUGAUCAGAAUGGGGGAGUUGCUACAUUUAGCCAGCUGUUUUUCAUUGGUUCUGUUUGUCUUAGACAAUUGUUAUGAUUGCUAAUAGUGAAAAGUUCCACAGUUGGCUUCUCACACACAACAGUUGGGAUGGUGUGAGCUUCAUCUUUCACUCCUGCAAAGCAGUGCAGGCAUCUGGUUGGUUCAGUGUAAUUUAACAUGCUUGAAAAAAAUGGGAUUUUAGUUUUACUAAACUGUUCUAUAGAUUUGUUUUGCACUUUAAAGCUCUCACUUGAUUUUAUAUGGAAUGUGUCGAAUGUGUCUCUGCUCCUUGUUACUUUCUCUCCGUUCCCAUUUUGUUGUGAACAGGCAGCGCUCCCUUAAUGUUCUAACAUUUUGCCAAACUCAGCCUUAAGAAUACGACAUCCUUUUAAACAUUUUAAGUUGUUGUGCCAGAUACGAGAAAAGAUGCACGGUUAUAUGCCAAGAUACCACACUUUGCCAUAUUGCCUCAAAAUCAGAAAGGGAGCUCAUCAUGGCUCAUCUCUUUGCUUGUUUGAUUUGUUUCCAUCCAAACACCACAAUGUGUUAAUCCGUUAUAAUACAUUUUGGCAUGUGUGUAUCUGAGAAAUCUUAAGGUUGGAUUGGAUUUUGUGUGCACAUAAAUGCUAUUGAUAACUGUAGCAAAUGUUUGCAGACAUACUGUAUGCCCACGUGGUGUCACACUGGUCUCCAAAUUGAAAUGUUCAGAAAACUCACCUGAAGAAGUACAUGCAGAGUUUCUCCUGCUAAAACACUGUUGUGAGUACGUAUUCAUUUUAUUUGAAUUGAAGUUGCUUUUGUCGAGUUUUAAUGUUGUAAUAAAAGGAAAGCAAACAUCUUGUUACAAUUUACCAUGCAUACUUUUUGUUUGUUUUGGUGGAGUUCGUGUCAAACUGGCCUUGGUGUGAUAUUGUAUGUUGAUUUGGCUUUCCUAAUCGAAUCGUGCUGUGUCCACACCAUAGGAACACGAGUAUGCAAUUUGAUACGAGACAUUGUUUUGCAAACAAAAUCCCAAAUUGUUUCUAAUGAAAAGUUUCUUUGAAUCAAUUUCUGAAAAUUUGCAGAAUGACAUUGGAUAACAAGCCCUUAAUGUUAUUGUCAUAAAGGUUACACAAAAGAACAACAUGUCCACACUGCAUAUAAACGCACGGGCAGAAUAAAAACGCACGGGCAGAAUAAUAGAAAAAUAGAGCUUGACAAUGGAGCUUAAAGAAAAAGCUCAAAUUCUCCACAUUUGAGUGUGGCCCUACAGAUGUCAAUAAAUUGGAAUAUUGUCGAAAAAAGUUAAAUGCCGUGUGCAUUGAGUAGUUUUGGGAAAAGUCAAGUUAAGAAUGUUAGGUUUGAUUUGGUUUCACUCUGAAAUUUCAACCAAAAGCCAAAUCUCUGAGUGGUAUAGAUGUUUUUUUCAAUUACUCUUUUUCCAG